ACAAGACAAAAGAACAAUAAUUCGGACAGCUUCCUAUAAAAGAGGAAAAAGAGCCAUUGCUUGAAGGAAUAGCUUCGUCUUGCCAUUCUCUCUAUUUGUCAGUACAACUCCAAAACUCAAAUCUUCUUUACAGCAUGGAUUUUAGGGUCUGCCUGUGUCUUUUCAUACUUGGUUCUAGCUGGUGCUGUACUGCUAGAGAAUUAUCAGCGCGUAACCACCUUAUUACUGAAACUGAAUAUAUUUCUGUACUGCAGAUAAAUAACCUAGAGGUGCCGAGACAAGUUCAACCUCCGGAAGAAGUCGGAGGAAAUGAACAGUUGUGCACAUUGUGUGAAGAAUAUACUGCCAAGGCACUAAAGUACAUGGCUAAUUAUAAGACCCAAACAGAGAUCAUUGACCAUCUUCAUGAGUCCUGUUUGAAGAUGUCAUUUUACAAGCAGGAGUGCGUCGUACUUGUGGAUUAUUAUGCUCCUCUCUUCUUCUCUGAGAUCAACAAAAUAAGACCUGAAGACUUUUGCGAAAAGUUUGAUCUCUGUGAACGAGUGGUUACCGUUUCUCAGGUGCUUUCUGGACAGAGCUGUGAUUUAUGCCACCAAGUAGUUACAGAGGCCGAAUCUAAGUUGAAAGAUCCCGACACCCAGUUGGAAAUACUUGAGCUGCUCUUGAAGGCAUGUGAAGCUGUCAAACUCAAACCUUAUGCCAGAAAGUGCAAGAAACUGAUCUUUGAAUAUGCGCCAGUGAUUCUCGUAAAUGCUGAACAGUUUCUGGAAAAAAAUGACGUAUGUGCUAUUCUUCAUGAUUGUGAGCCUGCAGCAGAUAAAGAGCUACAAGCAUCACCAAAGAUGCAAGCUUCAUUGCAUUCGGCCUCUUAAAGAAUUCAGAGUUUUUAGAUUUGGUUGGGGACGUACGUAUUGUUGUAUGUAAAGUGUAAACGAUUAAACACCAUCAUCAAGUUUCUGAAAUGUUGUGUAUAGCGUGAUAGGUUGAGACUCAAACUUCAUUUACAGUUAUUUAUGCAGGAGUAAAUAUAUAUGUCUAAGUUUCCAAGUUACAGCUUUAACAGAGAUGGGGUUCUAUAUA